CUAACGUGAAACUAAAGGCUUCUCUGCAAGUGUGAACUCUUCCUGAGCUCUUUCUAAUUGACAGGCAUUCAUCCUGCAGGAGCUGAUCCAGAUGCAUCUUUCCUCUUUCCUGACGUGCCUGGCUUUGGGAACUGUGGUCAAUUAUGCUGCUGGGAGUGAUUGGUGCUACACUGGCUGUGAGCACACCCCGACUCACUGGAAAGACAUCCCUGGAUCUGUCUGUGGAGGAAAUAGGCAGUCUCCCAUUGAUAUAAACCCUAGCCAUGUUAAAACUGACAAAAACCUGCAUAACUUCACCUUCACCAACUUCUCCUCACAGAAUGUCAUCAAAUCACUCAAAAACAAUAACCACACAGUGAAAUUGACUUUGAAGGAGAAUGAAGUGGAAGUGAGUGGAGGGGGACUUAAUGGAACAUACUCUACGCUUCAGUUUCACUUCCACUGGGGCAAGACAGAACAUCAUCCAGGCUCAGAGCACACCAUUGAUAAGCACAGAUAUCCAAUGGAGAUGCACGUAGUCAAUCUAAAGAAGGAUUUGUCGGAGCCAGCGAAGAAUCCAGAGGGUAUCGCUGUCCUCGCAUUUUUCAUUGAUGCAACGGAUGACGGCGAUAUGACAGGACCAUGGGGCUCACUCACAUCCUACCUGACAAACAACACAGACUCAGAAGUUGCCUUUACCCACAACAUCUCCAUCAAUGACCUGAUUGGUGAUGUAGACCGCACAAAGUUCUAUCGCUACAUGGGCUCUCUAACUACGCCCAACUGCAGCGAAGCAGUUGUAUGGACGAUCUUUCAAGACCCAAUCAAGGUCAACAAAGACCUGAUUGAGAUGUUUCCCAAGAAGACAGGAGUCUCAAAUGUAUUUCGGCCAUCUCAAAAUAUUAACGGCCGUCAGGUGUAUGCUUCCCCUGCUACUACUUUACCUUCAAGUCAUCCUUGGUGCUAUGAUGAUCACUGUGAAUUCAGUCCGUCAAAGUGGAAGCUCCUGCCUCAGUCAUUCUGUGGUGGCGAACGCCAGUCUCCCAUCAACAUAAAUACAAGUAAGACUGUGACGAACAAGCAGCUCACAGACUUCGGCUACACAAAGUUUGAAGACAAACGUGCUGUCGAGUACAUCACAAAUACGGGACAUGCAAUAAAGUGUGUCCUGAAGGAGGAUUUGGUGGCGGUCUCAGGAGGGGGUUUGGGACAUGUCUACACUACCCUUCAGUUUCAUUUUCACUGGGGCUCCAUGUCAGAAGACUCAGAGGGCUCAGAGCACACUGUUGAUUCACACAGUUACCCAAUGGAGAUGCACAUAGUAAGCAGAAGAAAGGAUUUGAGUUUGGAGGAUGCAGUGAACACCCCUAAUGGCCUGUCGGUUCUGGGAUUUUUUAUUGAGGCCACAGAUUCUACCAAAAGCAGCAGUGGUGGAUCUAGUCAUCAUGAGACAAGUUCCACGUCAAAGCCAACAUCUGAUAUGAACGCCUGGAAGAAACUGACCAGCUACCUUCCACUCAUACAAAACAUCAGCUCCAAAGCCACUGUCACAGAAGAGAUCUCUAUUGACGAUCUGCUUGGUGACGUGGAUCGAGCUGCAUACUAUCGCUACAACGGCUCCCUGACCACCCCAAGUUGUAAUGAAGCCGUGGUCUGGACUGUUUUUAAAGAGUCUAUCAAAGUGGAUAAAGACCUGAUGAAGAUGUUCCCGACUCAUGCAGGAUAUAAGAACGUGUUUCGGCCUGCACAGGAUCUUCAUAACAGGACAGUCUUUACCACCAAAUCUACAGCCGGUGCCCCUGUUCCUGUCCUACUAUUUCUGCUGCUGGCAUGUUUCUGUGCCCUUUCUUAUAACCUGAAUUUGUUUGGCUUAACUGCAAAUUAAAGACACGAACUACAACAAAGAGGCAAACAGAGGUGAUUUAUUAUUGUACUGUGAUACUCUAAGUAGCAUUAUGCUGUUUUGGUGGGAAAUGGGUUUUAGAUAUAAAAAUAAACACUUGUAUGAUGCUGAGCUAAAGUUGACAUGAUUUUUUGUCUUUUUGUUCACGGUUUCUGAAAUAAAGGUACAGACUGGCUGGAAAUUGAAAUUAUGCUGGAUGUUGAAACUAAACAUUUUGAACAGUU